AUGACGUCACCGUGCAUGGAAAAUGGAAAAUGUAAAAAAAACUUCCCAAAGCCGCAUACGAAUGACACGAUCACGGAUAUUGAUGGUUAUCCAAUGUAUCGCCGCAGAAGUACUGAGAAUGGUGGCCACACAUUUACAAUGCGACUGCCGAACUUUCCAAAUCAAGUUGAGUUUGAUAAUCAGUGGGUGGUACCAUACUCACCACUACUUUCAAAAACUUACAAAGCUCAUAUCAAUGUUGAGAUUUGCAGUUCUGUUAAAUCAAUUAAGUAUAUUUGUAAAUAUGUAAACAAAGGCAGUGAUUUGGCCAUAUUUGAAGUACAAAACAUAAAUAAAAAUGACGAAAUAGCACGAUACCAAAUGGGCAGAUACAUUAGCAGCAAUGAAGCUAUUUGGCAUAUUCUCAGCUUUCCCAUCCACGAAAGAGAUCCUGCUGUCCAACAUCUGGCAAUACAUCUUGAAAACGGUCAACGUGUAUACUUCACUGAAGAAAAUGUUCUCCAAAGAGCGUUCGAAGCUCCGAAAUCGACUCUAACUGAAUUUUUUACAUUGUGUCAAAAACCUGAUGUUUUUGGCCAAUUCGCGAAGACAUUGGUGUAUGGUGAUGUUCCACGUUAUUUCACAUGGAACAAAUCCAGUAAAAAAUGGGAGCCACGGAAACAAGGAAAACCACAUCCUUCCAUUACAGGCAUAUUCAAAGCUAAGACAUUGGGGAGACUUUACACGGUACAUCCAAAGCAACGUGAGUGCUUCUAUUUACGUUUGUUAUUGGUGAAUGUUCCCGGACCAACGUCUUUUGAAUUUUUACGAACAGUUAAUGGUCGAGUAUUCAAUACAUACCAGGAUGCAUGUCGUGAACUGCAAUUGCUAGAAGACGAUAACCAUUGGGACUUAACGCUUGCUGAUGCUGCGUUGACAUCAACACCGAAUAACAUUCGUCAGUUGUUUGCAAUUAUUUUGACGACAUGUUAUCCCUCGCAAGCACAAACUUUGUGGGAAAAAUAUAAAAAUUGUAUGACAGAAGACAUCUUGCACCGAAUUAGACAAACAAAUCAAUGCCAAAACAUAGAUUAUACACCAGAGAUGUACAAUGAAGCAUUGGUCUUGAUCGAGGAUUUAUGUGUUCUUAUUUCAAAUUCACCACUUAAUCAUUAUGGUAUGCCAUCACCUAAUCGUCCACCCACCGACUUAGUCAAUACCGAUUUACAACGAGAAAAUCAAUAUGACCAUGGAAGUUCAGCAACAAUUAUCAUGAACAGUGAACCAUUACUGACAGCAGAACAAAAAAUUAUUUAUGAUCGGAUUAUGCUGGCUGUUGCUGCUGAACAAGGCGGUUUUUUUUUCUUGGAUGCACCCGGUGGAACCGGUAAGACAUUUUUAAUAUCGUUGAUUCUUGCCAAAAUACGGUCGCAACAAAAAAUCGCAUUAGCAGUAGCAUCGUCAGGCAUUGCGGCUACUUUACUGGAUGGUGGGCGAACAGCACAUUCAACAUUCAAGCUGCCAUUGGACGUUCAUAUUAAACCAGAUGCAAUGUGUAACAUCAAAAAGAAUAGUGGAAUAGCUGCAGUGUUGCGGAAGAGUUCUAUAAUAAUUUGA